GUUGUGUAUGGGGAGAGGGGAAAAAAUAAUAUAUUAAUAAAAAUGACGCCCUCGUGAGCGAAUAAGGGUUUCAUAGCGCCGUGUAGAAAAAGGGGUCCGCAGCACUUCUGUAGAUGGCUCCGUUAAAGUUUCGGAAAAUUGCAGUUUUGGGAUAUAGAUCAGUCGGAAAGUCAUCACUGGCGGUCCAGUUUGUGGAUGGACACUUCGUUGAUUGCUAUGACCCUACAAUUGAGAAUACAUUUAAUAAAACCAUAAACUUCGAUGGACAAGAUUUCUACCUGCAGCUGGUGGAUACUGCUGGGCAGGACGAGUAUUCAAUUUUCAGUCUUUCCCACACAGUGAACAUUCAUGGAUAUAUUUUGGUUUACUCUGUAACAUCAAUGAAGAGUUUUGAAAUGAUUAAGACAAUUCGCAGUAAACUCCUGGACAUGGUGGGGAAAAUCCACCGACCAUCAUCUCCACAUUAUGCACCACCUUUUGAACCUCCGUGUUUUUGCCAAAUGUGCAGAAUACCAACAGUGCUGGUUGCAAAUAAGAGAGAUCUUUCUAAACAAAGAGUUGUACAAACUGAAGAAGGGAAGAAACUUGCAGAUUCUUGGGGGGCUGCAUUCUUGGAAUCCUCAGCAAAACAGAAUGAUACCACAGUGCAAAUAUUCAAAAUGAUGAUCCAAGAAAUUGAAAAACCAGCUGGGUAUGUCCAGAACAGGAAAUGCGAUAUGAUGUAGUGAGCUUUGUGGCCCUGGAACUCUUCUAGUUGCUGAAGAAUGAAGGCGGUUACCAGGCCUAACUAUUUGGUUACCUGUAGCUGAAGUAACAGCAUAAAAGUCUACUACAACUGUUCUGCACUAGUUGGUUUGAUUUACUAGAUCACUGAGUCGUUACAUAAAUUUUGUAUUGUCAUUUCUGAUGUGCAAGUCCUCACUCAAACUUUGCGAAAUAAGAUUCGCUGAAAGGUAUUCAGUAAUAAGUUGGAAACCUGCCUAUUUUACUAUGCCACUUCAAAUCAGCGGCUUGUUUUAUGUUAAUGAGCUACCUACUAAAGUACACUUUGGUGCCUAAUGGGACUGCCACUAUGUCCUAGCUUUUUUUAGUUUGAUGUGGAUUUUGUUUCCAUAGUGGGAAUGAAUGCAGUCUUAAAAAUAUAUUCCUUAUUGUGAUGGACUUUUAAAUAUUUUUGUUUUCUAGGGUCUGUAGCAAACUGAGAUUGUAUAAAGUUUAGAUUGUAUUAAUGGAGUCCUGAACUGCAGUAAUUCUUGUCUAAACAAGAAUAUUGUUUGUAAUGGGCUAUUUGAGCUGAAUAGCUGGGUUUAUGAAUACAGAAAGUACACUUUGUAACUCGUUGCCAACUUUGCUGGUUUAAGAGACCCAAUUCCUCAAUUUACUUUGGUUCGGUAUGAUGCCAAAGAUGCUUUAUGGAAUGGAUCUUUAUCUGAUUCUUUUAAGAAACAACCAAUGCCUCAAUCCCUUUCCUAUCUUUCCAGCUGAAGUUUUUCUUUUGGUCUUUCUAUUGAAUUCAGAUGUGAUGCCAAGAAAAUGUUGCUGAUAGAUAGGAAGCUGUUUUGGGCUGGGUUGUGCAGCAAUGUGAAUUUGUUUUUUGGUAAGGGACAGCUAAUUUAUUUUGAGAUAUAAUAUUUAGGUCAACUGAGGUGUUUUUGUUUUAUUGUUAAGUAACUAAGCUUUUCAGUUAUUUAUUUGAAUGAGCUAAUUCAGUAAGCUCAGACAUGCUGGAUAUUCAUGCUAAAUUCAUGACCAUGUACUUGUAACUUCUGACAACUUCGAUUUAUAAUUUACCUGCUAACUUCUGAAGCAAUCACUUAGGCUUUGAUUUAGGCAUAUUCUGGAUUUAAUCAAGUUGUGUGUAAUCUGUCUGUUAUGUAACAACUGAAUGUCGUGCUGCAGCCAGGCUUUGCUGUUAUCAGAGAGACUUGCUGAUUCUAAAUUGACUUGUUAAGUGGCCCUUGUGUUAAUGCAAUAUUCUUGUGCAAUAUUCUUUUGGGAUAAGCAUACUCCAACAAAUUUAAGCCAAAAUUGCCUUGUCAAAUUUGGUCAGAAACUGCUGCUAUUUGGUCAGAACUGGUCUGAACAUUUUGUGCUUAACUGGAGUAAUUAGCGCCACCUUCAAAAGUGACGUUUGAAGUGCACUUUCAGUCACAGAAAUUUGUAGUGAGUGAGUUGAGAUUUAAUUUUAAUGUUUUCUGACCAUUUGAAGUAUUUGUAUUCUGAUAAAGUUGGUCUUUUCUAUAUUAUUCCCCCUACACAAACACCCCCCCCCCCCCCCCCCGGGAAAUUCAGGUAAAAGUGGGUAAAAAUGUUCCUCAGUUGGGGCCAUCUGUGUUGAGAUCAGUUGACCCACAUUGCCAUUUGAAACAGUGCCUUGAAUUUUGUUUAAUCUGAUCUUUUUUCUUGUGUAAUAUAAAGAUAUAAUUGGGUCUUGAAAUGUUAAGCUACUAAAUGGCCAACAAUUAUCUGUUAUUGUAAUCUAUAAUCUGUAAUUAUCUUGUCUGAGUAGUGCAUUACCCAUAUCAGCACUGAGUUUUGACAAAUUAAGGGAUUUUUUUUUGUGCAAGGUAUUAUGUGGAGCUGAUUUGUAGGACUUCUGUUUAUUAAAACACUAUAAUCACUUG